AUGUCUUCCAACGUCUUUGAGGGCGUGUUGCCCGAGGUGGUGCAGACCAUCAGAGCCGCCACGUCUUUGGCUGCACAGGAUGUGAACUUUUACCGAUCUUUGGAUGCCGAUUUGGCGCAAAGAAUCGACGCCUCUGGUCGUGGGUUAUUGGACUUGACCAACCGUUUAAUAGAGUCAUCCACCUCCACUGUGGAUGACGUGGAGCCUAUAGUGUUUGGCCGCGACAACGUAGCAUGGAAACCGAUCCUGGACGUUUUGGAUUCACUUUUCGAAAAAGUGGACAUUGCGUUUGAUCAUGCAAACAAAAAGAAACAAAAGGAUGAUCAAUUCACAUAUUUGGAGGAUGGUUCCGCCAACGACAAUGGGCGUGCUCCAGGAAGAGUCGGCAAGCCUCAGCUUGAGUUCAAAACCAAGAUUGACAACUCAGAGGCCCACCCUUUCAAGCCAAAGCUUACUAGCAAACCACAUGCUUUGAAGUCAUUGGAAGAAUCCACUGCCCUCAUUGAAGGAGAUGAAGAGUCUGAAGAGCCUCCACAUUAUGACCAUCCUUACGAACACGAAAUAGAUAACCAGCCAUACCCUGACUCCAUCUUGGUGCUGGAAGAUCCAAUUCCUUCAAAGUCUUGGAAUGAUACUUCUGCCAUUUGGGUCGAUACAGUGUCAAAACUUGAAGAAAUGAUCGAGUCACUCGCUGGUCUGAACGCCAUUGCUGUGGAUUUGGAACAUCAUGACUACAGAACCUAUUAUGGGCUUGUUUGUCUCAUGCAAAUCUCAAACAGAGAACAAGAUUGGAUUGUCGAUACCUUGGCUUUAAGAGACGAUUUGGAACCAUUGAACCGUAUCUUCACAGACCCAGAGAUCGUCAAGGUGUUCCAUGGUGCCUUUAUGGACAUCAUUUGGUUGCAAAGAGACUUGGGACUUUAUAUUGUGUCACUCUUUGACACCUACCAUGCAUCUAAAAAGUUGGGAUUCCCCAAGUUUUCGUUGGCUUAUCUUCUUGAAACUUUUGCCAAUUUCAAAACCUCGAAAAAAUAUCAAUUGGCUGAUUGGAGAAUCCGUCCAUUACUGAGUCCAAUGAUGUCUUAUGCUCGGUCCGAUACCCAUUUCUUGUUGAACAUUUUCGAUCAAUUAAGAAACAAAUUGAUUGCCAAGGGAGAUGGACGUCUUCAAGAGGUCUUGUUUGAAUCUCGUCAAGUUGCUAAAAGAAGAUUCGAAUACACAAAGUUCCGCCCAUUAAAUUCAUCAUCAUCAUCAGGAAGUAGAGUAUCUUGUCCAGUGAUGGCAAACAAUCCAAAGGAACCAUGGGGGUCACUCAUGGCACAAUAUAGAGUACCCUACGAAAAGACUCCAUUGGUGCAAGCAUUGUACGAAUGGAGAGAUGUUGUUGCCAAGGAAACCGAUGAAUCGGUGAGAUAUAUUAUGCCAAAUCAAUUGUUGGUAAGUUUAUCCUUAUUGGCCCUGCCAGUGGAUUCACAAAAGGUAUUGGGGGCUUCCAAUUACAUUUCUGAAAGUGUUAGAGUAAACUCUAAAGAAUUGGCUCAAUUGAUAGAAUCCACCCUCAAGGAAAUGGCUGAAAAUGAUUGGGAUUUGGUGGACAAGUUGCAUAAUACUGUAGGCAAUGAUUCAGCAUUUUUGAAUGAAGAUGAACAACCAGACUCUAACACCAUACAACAAACAACAAAUGCAUUUGAACAAUUGAAUUCAUCUGCUAGUGCAUCAUUUGUCAGUCUUUUAGCUGAAAGAUCGAACUUGUUGUCUGAUAUAUUAGAAAAGGAAGAGAAUCAAUUUUCAGUGGAAUAUGACCCUAGUAAUAAAAAGUCUGUUAAGCAUACCGUUGAUGAGACGAUAGAGAGAAGAGAGACUGUUCUCAAGCACCUUCAAUCGGUCAAUGAGGUUAAAAUCCCUCAAUUUAAACCAAUUGAAGUUGUGAAAGAGAGUGAAGUAAAGGAAGCCAAGGAGGACGAAGUUGAAGCACAAGGCAAGGAAGAAAUACAACAACCUCCUACUCUGAUAUUUGGUGAAAGUAACAAGGAAGAUCUUAUUACCAUUCGUAAGAGGUCUCAACAGCAAAAGAGUCAACCAAAGACCGCCAAUGUUGAUGAUAAGCCAGCCUUCGAUUACGCCAAUGCAGACAAGAUCAUGCUUGAAACGUCAAAGAAGUUUGUUUCAAGAAAGGAUAGACCAAAGAAAAGAUCAUUUGAUCCUUAUGGUAAGGAGAGUGAAGGACCCCAAGGUGCUAAGAAGUCAAAGAGAAUGAACAGCGGUAAGACGUCGACAUUUUCAAAUAGAAGAAAGUAA